AUGAGAUUGCAAAGUCUUUUUCCUCAGCUUCUUCCCUGGUUUCUUCUCGCAGAGGUAGCAUUUGCACAGAAUACUCUCCAACAGACAUGCGCAGGCUUGAAGAACUUGUCAACUUGCAAGUUCGAGUUUUCUGUGCCUUAUGGUGUCAACGUUACCACGAAGACAGUCCCUGAUAAAAAGUACGACGAAUGCAAGUCCAAGGAGAAAUACAAAAAGCCUUGUCCCACUCCUCAAAAACCGAAGCUCAUGUGCGAUGCAUUGAGAUGUGUUCCAGGUUGGGUUGAUACGACCAAGCAAGUCAUCACAGGGUUGGAAGUUCUCACCAAGAAGGUCAACCUCUGCGAUACUGUGCGAAAGAUCUUGGGACAGCCCCAGGGCGACAACUUCAUUCAGUCCUCCAAUGCAAUCUGCCAAUGCUUCCCCCGUAUUAGCAAAUUGAGUGCAACAUCAGGCUUCAAGUCGUUCGAGAAGGGGGUUUUAUCGCCUGCAGAUUUAAAGGAUGUUGACCAAGUUGCCGGGGCCCAAAAAUGCAUGAAUGAGUCGGGCUUCCAGACAGUUGAUGACCGGGACAAAGUCAGAAAGACCCUCCAGUCCAAGGCAAAGCCCAAAGUGGUUAUGAUCGAGGGUCCCGAGAUCAACGAAGACAAAUAUUCUAAGCUUAUGGCUAUAAUCAAAUCCUGUAAGCCAGGGUCCUUUUGUACCGGGAUGCAGAUUCAAGAGACCAUUCAAAGCCUUUUCAGCCCAUAUAUGGCCGAGAUCGCCCGGCAGUUCCGAGAGGCGCUCUUCAUUCCGUGGGUUCCCUUUCUCCAAAACCUACUGCUUAUCUCCAACGACUUUAAUACGGCGACUCAAAAUCUCGGGUCACCUUUCAUCAGCUUCCGAUCCAGGUAUACAUAUGCGACCCAAAUCGCUUGUGUUCAACUCGGCAGCUGUGACGGACCUGCAGUGUCCUCUUUUUUCAAACAAGUGGCCGAUAUAAUCAACAACACUAAACUUAUUUAUGUUAUGAGUGUCCCGGAAACAUCGAAAAAUCUACUUACAACAUACGUUAAGGAGGCACAGGAUGCUAACGAACUCGCUGAAGAACUUCCGGACGAGCAGGCAAAUCUUUUCAAGUUCGUACCCAUCGUUGACCGCACAUUCCUCCUACAAAGGAAGAUAGGAUGGAUUGUUAACUUUUUCACGGACUACACGGCUGAAAAUCGAGGUCUUAUUACCUCAACAUUCAACUCACUAGUAGCUGUGUUCGAUUCAAGUUCCGAUGCUAUAGAGACAGAACUCAACAUCAAUGAACGUCCCGAAAACGACAACUUGCUGCAGCAGAUAAUUAUGAUGAAGAAUAUCAUGAAAGGGGAUAUUUAUGGACAUCUCUAUACUACGAAGACAGCUCUUGAGCGGUACGAUGACUCAAUCGCCAAGUCGUCAUUUGGUCCUGGAAAGUCUGGCGUUGUCAUGGAGCCGAGUGCCAUUAGCUACCAGCGAUGGACCAAGAUUCCCAAGAUGGCCAUGCCUUGCUCGAAGCAAACCACCAAGACCUUCAAUAAGUCGGGCUUCACUAAGACUUUUUCGUUCACGGAGUAUUUCAAGUGUAUGGUUGACAGUGCAACUGCAUAUUACCCCAAACUUCAGAUCCCUUACCUUCGGUUGACCUUGUAG